AUGAGAGCAAAGGUUGCUGAUUUUGGGCUGUCCAAGGAAGAGAUUUUUGAUGGCUGCAAUUCGGGCCUUAAAGGUACCUAUGGCUACAUAGAUCCCGUGUACAUAGCAACAAACAAGUUCACAAUGAAGAGUGACAUCUAUAGUUUUGGUAUUAUUCUAUUUGAACUCAUCACGGCCAUCCAUCCACAACAAAACUUAAUGGAAUAUGUCAAUCUUGCGGCUAUGAGUUCGGAUGGUGUGGAUGAAAUACUUGACAAUAAACUUGUUGGGGAAUGUAACCCCGAAGAAGUAAGGAGACUGGCUAGCAUUGCUCACAAAUGCUUGCACAAAACACCCAAAAAGCGCCCGUCAAUUGCAGAAAUUUCACAGGCUAUACUAAAGAUACAACAGAGGCGUCUUGUGAGAGAAGAUGCUAUUUCUUUUGCGGGAGACGAUAUUUCAGGAGUGAUGAGCCGGAUAGAGCAUCAACAAGUGGAGCUUAGGAAAAUGACCAGCAUAGAUGAGAGGGUAACUGAAUGA